AUGGUCUCCACUGCAAAGAAAGCCGACGUUUGGGAUUCAAAGACACAAACCUUCCAUGGUGGUCAAGAACAUCGAUUCCUUGAUAACUUUAUUGAGGAUUUCAGCGUUACUACCAACUAUAUGGGUACUCCCGUCAAGGCGCUUGAUGCUGCAAAGGAAGCUAUGGUUGACAUUCACCACUAUCCUGCUGCCAAUCAAGAACCCGCCAAGACCAGCCUUGCUCAAUUCCUUUGGCCUAGUGAUUAUGCAGAGCAUCAUCCGCGUUUGCUCAUGGGCAAUGGUGCAUCCGAGUUGAUCGAUUUGGUGGUACGUAAGACACUUCAAGAACGUCAAGUACAAGGUGUGAGUAAGCCUACGUGGAAGGGUGGACCAUGGAAUGUGCAGUAUCAGGAAUAUCAGCGAAGCGCACAGACCAAUGGAUUUGAGAUUUUGGCACCUCGUUCAACUGAACGUGUGGAUCUCUUGUGUAUCGUCAACCCAUGCAAUCCCACUGGUGACUAUUUCGAUCUUGCCAGUCUUCAAGAACACAUCCGUAACAACGUGUUGCCUGGUGGUGCUGUGAUUGUUGAUGAAUCAAUGCAGCCAUGGCUUUCACGUGAAUUCCGAUCUGAUUCAUUGAUCACGGCACAUGCAUUUGUCAAGGAAAUGUGGGAACAACAUCAAGUGGGUGUGCAUUUGAUGCAUUCAUGGACCAAGAUUUGGUGUUGCACUGGUUUGCGUGUGGGCUCUGUUGUUUGCCCUACCAUUGGUCAUUGUGAAGCACUACGCAAGAUUCAAGUACCUUGGUCUGUCAAUGGCCCUGCACUCAAGUUUGUCGAGGAGGUUGUCAAGGAUACGGCCUUUUUGGAGGAGACAUGGGACAACACGCCCCGUUUACGUGUCAACGUUAUUGAACAACUCAAGGCUCUCGGCCACUCUGAAUGGGUCUAUCAUGGCAAACCUUUCCUUAGUUGGGUAUGGAUUGAUAUGCGCUCUGAAAGCGUUGCUGAAAAGGCUGUGGAAUUGGCUCGAGCAGCUGGUGUUCCUGUUCGCAGUGGUAAACCUGGUUACGCUUGCCCUACGUUUGUGCGCAUUGCUGUGCGUAAGGAACAAGAAACUUCUCAUCUUAUCAACGCCUGGAAAGCCCUGUAG